CAUGCGCACUGCAUACACAUCUACUUCCUGUCAAGUUUUACUUUCACUUUGUGACAGUUGAAUCUUCAGAAAGUAAACAAUGGAUAUGUCACCUAGCACAGUUCUGGCCUGGUGUGGGGGUACUGCAGGACUGAUCUACCUUAUAUUAUUCCUGCUUAGAAAAAGAAAACGCGUUCAGUUGAAGGGCAAAGUAGUUCUGAUCACAGGUGCUAAUUCUGGUCUGGGAAAAGCGUGUGCAACGGUGUUCUACAGUGCAGGCUGCAAGGUUAUACUGGCUGGACGGAAUCUUUCAGAGCUUCAAAAAGUGAAAGAAGAGUUGCAAAGACUUAAGUCAUCAGGUGACCUUGGUAUUCUUCAAGUUGACCUUUCUGACCUGGAGUCGCUGGGCAACAAAGGUCAAGAAGCAAAAGCCAUAUUUGAUGCUGUGGACAUUCUAGUCAACAAUGCUGGGGUCAGUUAUAGGGGAUCAAUAGAGGGAACAAACAUGGAUGUGCACCAAAUGGUUAUGAAUGUGAACUACUUCGGACAAAUCGCACUGACCAAAGCCUUGUUACCAGUUUUGAAGGAGAGACCAGGUUCUUGCAUCGUAGCAGUGAGCUCUGUUCAGGGGAGAAUAUCCAUACCAUACAGGUCUGCUUAUGCAGCAUCGAAACACGCCAUGCAAGCCUUCUUUGACUGUUUACGUGCAGAACUGUGGGACACCGGAGUUGGGGUAUGCGUGGUUAACCCAGGCUACAUCCAGACGAGUCUUUCCACAAAUGCCUUGUGCGGCGAUGGGUCCAAGUAUGGAGUGACAGACACAACGACUGCAUCAGGAUUACCUCCGGAGACAGUUGCUCAACAGAUCCUGAAAGCAGUUGAAUGCGGGAAACCAGAAAUAUUCCCUGCCACGAUGACACAAACACUUGCUAUAACACUGCGUAUUCUGGCACCCAGUCUGUUCUUUUGGAUAAUGGCCCAUAGAGCAAAGAAACAAUCAAAAGUCGAUGCAAGAAUGCAUCCAAAAAGUGAUUAAUCCUAGGAAUUAAAUAAAAUAAAUAAUAUUGUA